AAAACAUAAAGAGCCAUUACAGUUCUUUAUCUACUACUGCAAUAAUGGGAGGAAAAAAGCCGACCAGAGGAGCCCAGCAUGUCCGCCAGCUUCAGUGUGACAGAGUGUGGGGACACAAAGAUGGAUGGUGAGCAGAGCCUAUAACUUGUCAGUUUUUCUACACUUCAUCUGCUACAAGUGCCGGCUGAGAAAUGGAUAUUCUUUGCGAAGAAAACACUUCUUUGAGCUCAACUAUGAAAUCCUUAAUGCAGUUAAAUGAUGACACAAGGCUCUACAACAAUGACUUUAACUCCGGAGACACUAACACUUCGGAUGCAUUCAACUGGACAGUGGACGCGGAAAAUCGAACCAACCUUUCCUGUGAAGGUUGUCUCUCCCCACCGUGCCUCUCCUCACUUCAUCUCCAGGAAAAAAACUGGUCUGCUUUGUUGACAGCUGUAGUGAUUAUUCUAACCAUUGCUGGAAACAUACUUGUCAUCAUGGCAGUGUCCCUAGAGAAAAAGCUGCAGAACGCCACCAACUAUUUCCUGAUGUCACUUGCCAUAGCUGAUAUGCUGCUGGGUUUCCUUGUCAUGCCUGUGUCCAUGUUAAACAUCCUAUACGGUUACCAGUGGCCUCUGCCUAGCAAGCUCUGCGCCAUCUGGAUUUACCUGGAUGUGCUCUUCUCCACGGCCUCCAUCAUGCAUCUGUGCGCCAUCUCGCUGGACCGCUACGUCGCCAUCCAGAACCCCAUCCAUCACAGCCGCUUCAACUCCAGAACUAAGGCAUUUCUGAAAAUAAUUGCUGUUUGGACCAUAUCAGUAGGUAUAUCCAUGCCAAUACCAGUCUUUGGGCUACAGGAUGAUUCCAAGGUCUUCAAAAAAGGGAGCUGCUUACUUGCUGAUGAAAACUUUGUCUUGAUCGGCUCUUUCGUGUCAUUUUUCAUUCCCUUAACCAUCAUGGUGAUCACCUACUUUCUAACUAUCAAGUCACUCCAGAAAGAAGCUACUUUGUGUGUGAAUGAUCUCAGCACUCGGGCCAAAUUAGCUUCUUUCAGCUUCCUCCCUCAGAGUUCCCUGUCUUCAGAAAAGCUCUUCCAGCGGUCGAUCCACAGGGAGCCUGGGUCCUAUGGCAGGAGGACUAUGCAGUCCAUCAGCAAUGAGCAAAAAGCUUGCAAGGUGCUGGGCAUCGUCUUCUUUCUGUUUGUGGUGAUGUGGUGCCCCUUCUUCAUCACGAACAUCAUGGACGUCAUCUGCAAAGAAUCCUGCAAUGAGGAUGUCAUCGGAGUCCUGCUCAAUGUGUUCGUUUGGAUCGGUUACCUCUCCUCAGCAGUCAACCCGCUAGUGUACACACUGUUCAAUAAGACCUAUAGGUCGGCCUUUUCGCGGUAUAUACACUGUCAGUACAAGGAAAACAAAAAACCAUUGCAAUUAAUUUUAGUGAACACUAUACCAACCUUGGCCUACAAGUCUAGUCAACUCCAAAUGGGACAAAAAAAAAACUCAAAGAAAGAUGCCAAGAUGACAGAUAAUGACUGCACUAUGGUUGCUCUAGGAAAACAACAUUCAGAAGAUGCUCCUACAGACAAUAUCAACACAGUGAAUGAAAAGGUUAGCUGUGUGUGAUAGACUAGUUGCCAUGGCAACCGUGGAGGGCACACUGAGCAAGUUUUCACCUAUCUGGGAAAAAAAAGAAAGAAAAAGAAAAUAGGGAGACUGGAAAAAAUUAGGCUAGUCUAGUGGAACCAACAAUAAUACUUACAUGCCUCAUUUUAUUCCAUCAAUGAAAAGCAGGGUUAAAUGCCACAAAAUGUGCACUUCAAAAAUGUUCUGACAGCAUUUCAGCUGUGAGCUUUAUGAUACUUAUUUUUAACAUUGUAAAUGAUAUGUCUUUAAAAUAAUUAGCUUUAUUGUAUAAUUACAAUGAGGCCAUAAAUAAAUCUAAAUUAGCUUCUAUUUUCCAGUGGAAACCUUGCAACUAUGUUGUUAAUUGUUGGCAUGAGUUGGUCACCUAUUGCUGUAAAUAAAAAUAGC